CGCCACCGUCUACUCGCAGAUCGCCCACGCCGCCGAUCGCACCAUCGCCGCAAGGCUCAAGCAGGCCUGCGGCGGGUUCCAGAGCGCGGCCCACGCCUGCUUUCCUGAGGGAGACCGUCGCCGGGGAGGCUGUCGCGACCGCAACGCCGCCCUUCCUCGUCGCCCGCUUGAGUUCCGCCUGAACGCCCUUGCCUCCGGUUCACCCCACUGAGAUCGCUCCUUCACCAUUCUGCUGCUGCCAUUUUUAUUCUCCUAUUUUACUCGUAAAGUUGCUAUUUUUACUACCUUCUCUGCUACUACUCUACCAUUUGUUCUUCAGGGUCAUUACAUGGGCUCGAACUUUAACCUUCUUAAAUUAACCCGGCCUGGUAAAACUGGACCGGAGGAAUCCAGUUCGAUCUUUAGCUUUUAGACCGGACCAGCCCAACCAGGUUCGGUCCACGCUCCGGUCCAGAACUUAUCAUUCUCUCUUCUCCCUCCCUUUGUCCUUGUCGCUCGUUUCGUACAAUAUCGCUUUAAAAAUCCGAGCUUUUCUUUUUUUUUUUUUUUUCGGUUGUAAUUUUCAAAUUUGUUUUCUUCUUCGGUCUCCAUGAGCGGCGGCAACGAGUUCCGCUUCUUCCUCUCCUGCGACAUCAACCUCCCCGUCACCUUCCGCAUCGAGAGAUUGGAUGGAGUCCUCCCCCAAUCCCAAUCUCCUCCCCAACGAGAUAUCGAUGCAUUGAAUAAAACCAGAAGUGCGGAGCUCUUUGUUGAGUGUGCAUUAUACAUUGAUGGGGCGCCCUUCGGAUUAAUUACAAAGACGAGGCUUGAGUCUUCGGGGCCUCCUUACUGCUGGAAUGAGCGUAUAACGCUGAGUACAAAGUACCGGGACCUAACUUCCAAAGCACAGCUUGCAUUUACAGUUUGGGAUGUAAGCAGUAGUAGUGAGGAUGGGUUAGUCGGUGGAGCAACUGUUUUCCUUUUCAAUAGCAAAAAGCAAUUGAAGACAGGCAGGCAAAAGCUUCGAAUCUGGCCACAGAAAAAAGCUGAUGGAACUAUACCCACUACUACUCCUGGCAAGGUUCCUAAGAAUGAGAGGGGGGAGAUAGAGCGUUUGGAGAGACUUGUGAACAAGUAUGAGAGAGGUCAGACACAGCGGAUUGAUUGGCUUGACCGCCUUACUUUCAACUCCGUGGAGAAAAUUAAGGAAAAAGAAUGUAAUAAAAGCGAAAAUUCGCUCCUCAGCUUGGUCGUUGACUUUGGUAGUUUUGAACACAGAGUUGUUUUCCAGGAGCCGGGAGCAAACUUCUAUGCACCAUCUCCUGUAUCAUCGACAAAUGAGCUUGUUACUGUGUGGGAUCCUGAAGUUGGAAGAACAAAUCCAUCAGAGCACAAGCAACUUAAGCUUGCUAGAAGCUUGACUCGUGGAAUAAUUGAUAGAGAUUUGAAACCAAGUAUAAAUGAAAGGAAGGCAAUACAAAGAAUCCUUAAGUACCCUCCAACACGUACAUUGAGCGGUGAUGAGAGGCAAUUACUGUGGAAGUUUCGUUUUUAUUUGAUGUCAGAGAAGAAGGCUCUCACGAAAUUUCUUCGCUGUGUGGAAUGGAGUGAUGUUCAGGAAGCAAAACAGGCUGUUGAUUUGAUGGGAAGGUGGGAAACAAUCGAUGUCACCGAUGCAUUGGAACUUCUUUCUCCUGUGUUUGAGAGUGAAGAAGUUCGUGCUUAUGCUGUGAGUGUACUUGAAAGGGCUGAUGAUGAAGAACUUCAAUGUUAUUUACUUCAGCUGGUGCAAGCUCUUCGGUUUGAGAGAUCUGACAAGUCUCGCUUGUCGCUUUUUCUCGUACAGCGAUCAUUGUCAAAUAUUGAGAUAGCUAGUUUCCUUCGCUGGUAUGUGGCGGUGGAGCUUUAUGAUCCUUCCUAUGCAAGGCGGUUUUAUUGCACAUAUGAUAUGCUCGAAGAUAGCAUGAUGAAAUUGGAAGCUGGUGCGAAUGGAGAUGAUGGAUUUAAGUUGUGGCAAAGUUUGGUUCGUCAGACGGAGUUGACAGCACAAUUGUGUUCAAUUAUGAGGGAUGUAAGGAGCAUACGAGGAGGGACUCAAAAGAAAAUUGAAAAAUUAAGACAGCUUCUUUCUGAACUUCAUAGUGAGCUUACCUAUUUUGAUGAGCCAAUUCGAUCACCUUUAGCGCCUGGUGUGCAUAUAACUGGGAUUGUGCCUUCAGAAUCAUCUAUUUUCAAAAGUGCAUUGCAUCCUUUGCGUCUAACAUUUCGAACAGCAAAUGGUGGAACUUGCAAAGUGAUUUUCAAGAAGGGAGAUGAUCUCCGCCAAGAUCAGUUGGUUAUUCAAAUGGUUUCUCUUAUGGAUCGGUUGCUUAAAUUGGAGAAUCUUGACUUACAUUUAACCCCAUAUAGAGUUCUCGCUACUGGCCAAGAUGAAGGGAUGUUAGAAUUUAUUCCUUCAAGUUCGCUUGCGCAGAUUCUAUUAGAACAUCGUAGUAUUAUAAGUUAUUUGCAGAAGUUUCACCCUGACGAAGAUGGACCAUUUGGUAUAACAGCUCAGUGUCUCGAAACAUUUAUAAAGAGUUGUGCUGGUUACUCUGUUAUCACAUACAUUCUGGGUAUUGGAGAUAGGCAUCUUGAUAACCUCCUCCUUAGAGACGAUGGGCGCCUCUUUCAUGUAGAUUUUGCCUUCAUCUUGGGUCGAGAUCCGAAGCCAUUUCCACCUCCUAUGAAACUAUGCAAAGAAAUGGUUGAGGCCAUGGGUGGAGCAGAAAGUCAAUAUUAUACAAGGUUCAAAUCAUACUGCUGUGAAGCAUACAACAUUCUAAGGAAGUCGAGCAACCUUAUACUGAACCUCUUUCAUUUAAUGGCUGGUUCCAACAUCCCUGACAUAGCUUCUGACCCGGAAAAAGGCAUUCUCAAGCUGCAGGAGAAAUUCCGGUUGGAUUUGGAGGAUGAGGAUUCAAUACACUUCUUCCAGGAUCUCAUCAAUGACAGUGUCAGUGCUUUGUUCCCUCAAAUGGUUGAAACCAUUCAUCGAUGGGCUCAAUAUUGGCGUUGACUGCAAGUUUCUUACUGGACAGACCAUUAACUUUUAGAAAUAUCCCCAUAGAAAUGAUUACUAAGUUGAGAUGUUUCAGCAAUCAGUUCUGUAAAAUAUAUCACGUAUGCGAGAUCUGGACAGAUCUGGAGUACCCGGACCUAUUGCUUUGAAGAAGGUCGAUAAAUACUGUGUAUACCUUUUAUUAUUGAGAUUUUGUGAAGGUAGAAAAGAAAAGAAAAAUAAAGCAGUGUUGUAAUAAUUGAGUAUAUAUUAAAUAUUGUAAUAUUAUUUCAACUAUUAGCAAUCACAUGUUUCUCCUCUCUUCUCCUGAGCAA